AAGUGACGGGCGGGGCGGGGCGGUUGGGCGAUGCGCGAGCGGCGGCGGCGGUGGGGCGGCCCCGGGUGAUCCCGAGCGGGGCGGGCGCCGCCAUGCUGAGCCGCAGCUCGUUCACCAGCCUGGUGGUGGGGGUGUUCGCCGUGUACGUGGCGCACACGUGCUGGGUGAUGUACGGCAUCGUCUACACGCGGCCCUGCCCGGCGGCGGCGACCGGCGGCGGCGGGGCGGGCUGCGUCUGGCCCUACCUGGCGCGGAGGCCCAAGCUGCAGUUGAGCGUGUAUACUACCACACGGUCAAACCUUGGUGCAGAGAGCAAUAUAGAUCUGGUUUUGAACGUGGAGGAUUUUGAUAUCGAGUCCAAAUUUGAAAGGACGGUGAAUGUCUCUGUACCAAAGAAAACCCGAAAUAAUGGCACAUUAUAUGCAUAUAUAUUUCUUCAUCAUGCUGGCAUUUUGCCUUGGCAUGACGCUAAGCAGGUGCAUAUAGUAAGCCCUCUGACCACAUACAUGGUCCCCAAACCAGAAGAGAUUAAUCUGCUCACUGGAGAAUCAGCCACACAGCAAAUUGAAGCAGAAAAACAGACCAAUGCUCUUGAUGAACCUGUCUCUCACUGGAGGUCAAGGUUAACCUUAAAUGUCAUGGUGGAAGAUUUUGUGUUUGAUGGAUCAUCUCUCCCUGCUGAUGUUCACCGUUAUAUGAAGAUGGUUCAGGUGGGGAAGACAGUGCAUUACCUUCCAAUAUUAUUUAUUGAUCAGCUAAGCAACAGAGUGAAAGAUUUGAUGGUUAUAAAUCGUUCAACAACAGAGCUACCUCUUACAGUGUCAUAUGACAAAAUAUCUCUUGGAAAACUCCGAUUUUGGAUUCACAUGCAGGAUGCUGUGUACUCCCUCCAGCAGUUUGGGUUUUCAGAAAAGGAUGCAGAUGAAGUAAAAGGAAUUUUUGUUGAUACUAACCUGUAUUUUCUGGCUUUGACGUUCUUUGUAGCAGCAUUCCAUCUCCUCUUUGAUUUCCUUGCAUUCAAAAAUGACAUUAGUUUUUGGAAGAAAAAGAGGAGCAUGAUUGGGAUGUCUACAAAAGCAGUGCUUUGGCGGUGCUUUAGUACUGUGGUAAUAUUUCUUUUCCUUUUGGACGAACAAACAAGUCUGUUGGUACUGAUCCCAGCAGGCAUUGGUGCAGUGAUUGAGCUCUGGAAAGUGAAGAAAGCUUUGAAAAUGACGAUCAAGUGGCAAGGCUUGAGACCCAAAAUUCAGUUUGGUACAUACAAUGAUUCUGAAAAGAAAACUGAGGAGUAUGAUACCCAGGCUAUGAAAUACUUGUCAUAUUUGCUAUAUCCACUGUGUAUUGGAGGUGCAGGUUACUCCUUGCUGAACGUCAAAUACAAAAGCUGGUAUUCCUGGUUGAUUAACAGUUUUGUCAACGGAGUAUAUGCUUUUGGAUUCCUGUUUAUGCUGCCCCAGCUGUUUGUAAACUAUAAGAUGAAGUCUGUUGCACACUUACCAUGGAAGGCUUUCACAUACAAAGUUCCAGGAGCUACCAGAGACUGAAGUAACAGUACAGGGACGGUAAUUCUGAGUUUCUGGGCAGUGUAGUGACAAAUGUGUGGUGGGUUGAUACGUGGUGUAAGAAGGGCUGUGCUGGGGUGUCCCCGCUGCCUAGACUGCCCUUGUAGAAAAUAAUGCAGUGCUGUAGCAAAAUUUAUCACCAGGCCGUGGAGGAGGUGGAGGUGAGUUUGUUUCACAACAAAAUUAACUUGUUAACCCUUUGAUACCUGCAUAGCCACAAACAUCCACUUGUGUGUCCAAGUGGUUUGUGUAGUAUUCCGGCACCAAGAUGGAUGUGCCCAAGUAUCCCACUCAGGAUUCCUUGCGCUGAUGUGGAGGACAAGGGACACCCACUGUUGAGUUCCUCUGUCUCCUACCUUCUUUCUCAACGAGCAACUACAUGCUGGUUUUGUUCUUGUACCUCUAAAGAGCUGACUCUAUCCUUUCCCACCUCUCCAAGUCAUUAGGAUUUUUGUACUGUUCUUUGUUUUCCUGAUCACUGUGUCCUGAGAAAUCCUGGCUGGAUGUGCUGGAAUUACCAAGACCUUGAUGCCGUCAACAUGUGUCCUUUUUUCUUCUGCUUCCGCUGAUAAAUGCUUUCAUUUAUUCUUUCUUUGUGAUGAUGUAUUACAAUUCUCCAGAACAUAAGUGAAGUAAUUUCAGAAUUUUACUUCAGCAACAAAAUACAAUAGUUGAGCAGAGACAUCAGCAGUUAAAUAGACAACAAAGGGAGAAUAUUCAAGCAUGUAACCUUUAAAGGAGUAGAAUUCUCUUGCCGAAUGGCCUUUUCCUACAGAGCAUUUAUGGUUCCUGUUAAGAUGCCAGAGGCUACCCACGACAAAGACUCGUGUAUGUGGAAAGAAGUAUAUGAUGGUUUUAAUCGUUUAACUUACUGGGCUUUGGAGUGGGUAAUUUACUUUUUCCUAGAGGAUGUUUUAAAGUUGGUUGCUCUCUUCUGCACUUUGAUGAGUGGAAAGAAUAGUGUGAGGUCUCAUCUGCAAUUGUUUUGGAGAGCUUUGAUUUUUUUUGCUUAAUUUGAACCUUUCCUGUUUUGGAGGACCUUGACAAAAAUGAAAAUUAUUCUAACUUUCCAGUUUCUAUAGUCUUUAUGUUUAUUCCCUUUAUACUUUUAUGAGGAGCACCUUCAGAUGAGGUAAUCUCAAAAAAAAAAAAAAAACCUAGCUACACUAAAUACUAUUAGUUGGGCUGCCUUGAUGCAUUCAGUUUCAUUGGCUUGUUAGGACUGCCUAAGUGCCUGAAGGAUGGAGCAUGUAGCUUUUUCUUCCUUUCAUCAUUGUAGGAUCACUCCCUUGGGUGUUGGCUUGGAAAGACUGCCUUUUCCAACUUGCCAAGGUUUUUUUUUUUGUUCCACGGAAAACCUUCUUUGCACAGGCUUGAGAAUUGCCAUCCGUAUUGUUUGAUCACUUCAGAGUGAUGGAUUUGUUUUGACUUGCCAGAAAGAGCUUUCCUGUUGUAAAUAAUCAGAACUCUCUCCUGCCCAACACCUCCAUCUUCUGCUGGUACUUUGUUUCAUCACAGAAACAGUGGUUCGUUUUGCAGUGAGUCUUUCUCUGCUUAGAGAAUCAUUUUCCCCCUUAUUAUGGUAUAGAUUAAUGUACAGCUUGCUAAUAUUGAAAGGAGAAGCCACGUCACCAACUCCAUUUGUUAACCCCACAGUGAAUAUUCUUUGCUGGAUUUGUUUCCUGCUGCUUUUAGUGAGUUGAAAUAGUUUAUUGCGCCACAUGGGUACUAGAGCUGGUGCACUGUAAGAGUUGAUACCUAGUCCUCCCUGUAGGCUAGAGCUGGAUCCAGAGGAGUUGCCCUUCUGUUUACUUUCUGUACCUUCUCUGACAAAAUGCUGUUGCCUUUGCAUGCUUGGAGCCUGUUUGCAUUGCUUUCCCAGCAGGUAUCUGAGAGUUGAAGCUCCCUCACCCAUGAAAAAGUAGUGAGAAAAUACUUCAUUAUCGCUUCAGAAACAGAACCUGUAGUGUGCCUAGAUGAGUGGAAAUGGUGUAGAAAAUUAUGUCUCGAAUAAGAGAUGGGUGAUAGCUUCCAGGAGAGCACUGAAAAAAUGUUAAGAUCUCUCCAAGUCUGUCAAGUUAAUGUUCUUGGGAGCGGUAAAUGAAUAAAUUUUUACACAGAUUUCAAAUUCUCACAGAAAAUUAAAGUGAACUGACAUUUUGUCGAUCUUAAAUCAUUUGAGGAAUGAAUAAAUAAAUGUUUGGGAUUUUUUUGGUUUCUUUUAAAUAUUUCACUGAAGUUGAAUCCAUGUUUUUCUGCUCACAUAACAAUACUCUCACUUACUUGAAGUAGUCCUACUUCCUUUUUACUUGUAACUGUAACAGUGUGGUCUGCAGUAGACUGUAUGGUCUUCAUUAAAAGAAAGCGCUUUGAAGUUUGCAUUAAUUAGCUUUUCAGCAUAACUCUUAAGUUAAUGGAAGUAGUAUGUGUUCCUACUGAAAAAUAACGUUUGAGGAAGCCUGUUUCCUGUAGCUUUGUAUGACAGAUUACUUCCUUUCUUCACAGCCAACUGAAGUAUACUUUUCUUUUUUU